CUCAACUCGGCUUUAGAUAGUGGUCAUUUAGAAGUAGUCAGGCUGCUACUGGAGAAAGGGGCAGAUCUGACAGUCGGAGACAAUAAUAGAUGGACCCCGCUCAACUCGGCUUCGCUAAAUGGUUAUUUGGAGAUCGUCAAGCUGCUACUGGAGAAAGGGGCAGAUCUGACAGUCGCCAACAAGAAUGGAUGGACCCCACUCAGUUCAGCUUCGCUAAGGGGCCACUUGGAUGUAGUCAAGCUUCUGUUAGAGAAGGGAGCAAACUUCAUCAAAGACCCUCGCGGCAAAACACCCUUGAUUUGGGCUGCACAACGAGGGCACUAUGAAUCUGUCCAAGUAUUGCUUGCGCACGAAGGCGUGGAUCCAAACAUUCGAGAUCAGGUCGGUCGAACCGCCCUCUCGUGGGCUGCUGGGAAAGGCCAUGACAAUGUGCUCGAGCUACUU